AUGGCGGAGAGCGGCAGGAAGCAUCCGGUGUUGCUGUACAUUCACGGCGAGAGCUACGACUGGGGCAGCGGAAACCCCUACGAUGGUAGCGUCCUAGCGAGCUACACGGACCAAGUGAUCGUCACCAUGAACUACCGGCUGGGCGUGCUCGGCUUCCUGAACGCCAACGUGGCGCCGCAGACCAAGGCGAGGGUUGCGAAUUAUGGCCUCAUGGACCAGAUCGCCGCUCUGCACUGGGUUAAGGAGCACAUCGCGCGCUUCGGGGGCGAUCCCGAGAAUGUCACCCUCAUGGGCCAGGGCACCGGCGCCGCGUGCGUGCAUUUUCUCGCCAUUAGCCCCACCGUCAUUCGGGGAUUAUUCAAACGAGCCAUACUGCUGUCGGGCAGCGCCCUUUCGUCCUGGGCCGUGAUAGAAGAUCCCGUAUCCUACGCUCUGAAAUUAGCCAAGGCUGUCAACUGCUCCGUUCCCGAUGAUCUUCUCAAAGAUAACGAGCUUAUAGUCGACUGUUUGAGGGAGAGCAGUCUGGAAGAACUGAUGCAGGUCGACAUUCAACCGCCGACGUUUCUCAGCGCGUUUGGCCCAAGUGUCGAUGGUGUCGUCAUCAAACCGGAUUUCCAAAAGGACCUUCUGUCCUACCUCGGCCCUGAGUUUCAAGGAUUCGGCCCUCUCCCAAAGAAAGCUGAACACGGCGCGCCAAUCACGAGCAACAAUAAAUAUGACUUAUUGUUCGGCGUGACAACGAGUGAGGCUCUCUGGAAGUUUGCGGAAAAGGAUGUCCUGCAAGGAUUCGAGGGCGAGAGGAGAGACAGAAUCAUCCGCACAUACGUGAGGAACGCUUACGUCUAUCACCUCACCGAGAUAUUUUAUACAGUAGUGAACGAGUAUACGGACUGGGAGCGAACAGUUCAACAUCCUGUCAACACGAAGGAUGCGUGUGUACAGGCGUUGAGCGAUGCGCAGUUCGUGGCGCCGCUCGUGCAAACCGGAGAUCUCUUCACCUUGAGACACACCAAGAAACCAAACAGCCCCCACAUCGCGCCGAUCCUCGACAGCGAGGAGGAGCCUAUGCCCAAGACUUACUUUUACGUGUUCGACUAUCAGAUGAAGGACGGCGAUUAUCCUCAGAAGAUGGGCUCGGUGCACGGCGAAGAGCUUCCAUUCGUCUUCGGGGCACCAUUGUGGGUGGAGGGAUUUGGCCAUUUUCCGAAAAACUACACGAGACUAGAAAUGGCACUCUCGGAGAGUAUCAUGCAGUAUUUUGCGAACUUUGUGAAAACUGGAAAUCCGAAUAUUAUCGAGCAUCACGGGAGAAACGAGACUCUGCUGCCAGCCAGCAGGGAAAAGAGCCGAUUUCGAACUUUGUCCUGGGAACAGUACGACCCGGUACACCAAAAAUACUUGGAAAUCGGAAUGAAGCCGAAAAUGAAGAAUCAUUAUAGAGCGCAUCAGCUGUCGGUCUGGCUGCGCCUCGUCCCAGAGCUUCAUCGUGCUGGAAUGGAGGAUGUCGAUUCCAGGCACAACUUGUUCCGUGGCCAUAGCGACCCCAGUCUAUACGACGGCUUCGUGAGACCAGAUCCUCUCAGCAGGAUCAGCGAAGAGUUCAAGAGGAAGAACCUUAGCACGGAUCCACCAACCACGACGGAUUAUAGCAUCACGACAUGCGUCAGCCUUAUUCCGGGCACCAAUCUUCAAAACGUCCAUAAUGCCAGUACCGACACCCUAGCCAGCUUGGACGCCGCCGGUUACGCGGCGUAUUCGACAGCUCUGAGCGUGACAAUCGCGAUCGGCUGCAGCCUGCUGAUCCUAAAUGUCCUGAUAUUCGCCGGCGUCUAUUAUCAAAGGGAUAAAACGCGGCUCGAGGUGAAGAGCCUUCAGCAGCAACAGAUGUUGAAUCAACAAUGCGGUCCUCGCGGUUUCACCGAGCUGAAACAGCCACCGCCUCCACAUUCGCAUUACGCUGGCGGAGGCCAAGUGAUCGUCGACGUCGAGAAUGAAAUGCUAAGAAGGAAUGUAAUGAAAGGUCCUCCUAACGAUUCUAGCGUUCCUUUUCAAGGCCAAGGAACUCAUACACUGCCUCAUCAGCAUCAUUACCAAAAACAGCACCAACAGCAGCACGCCACUCUUCCUCGUGGAACAUCAGUCAUUCAAGACAUAAAUACGCAAACUCAAGGUCCUCCAAACGGAUCCAUCCAUUUGACGGUCCCGCGGGCACCCCCGCCGCCCAGGGCAAAGAGUCCGCCGGAGAACCAGCCUCUUCUGCAAAGCGCGACGGUUUCUAGCCGCGUGUCGCAGGCGACGAUGAGCGAGAUGCGAGUGUGAUGCUUGGACCCCCCUCCGAAGCCAGUCGUCCCAGAUGUCCUCACGGCGUCGACCUUGCUCUAGGCAGUUCGCCGCGGACCUGUUGAAGUGGCCUUAAACGGCUGCUAACAUUUCGACGGGUCGACGCAGGAUGUCCCAGGGAACGUGAGCUCCGGACGAACGGAGGGGGGUGCUGGAGAGUGACUUCCUCACAACUGAGGGAUGGUCGAGCCGAGAUUACCGGGUCUACCGAAUAGAAGAGGAAGAGCUCACCGAAAUGUGCUAUUACGAAUUUAGAAGGGUAGAAAUUGCCUGAGAAAAUACGAAUUGAAGAUACAUGAAUUUGAGAUCUCGUUCCCCAAUCUCACAGAGCUCUCUUCGAAUUGCAAGAUAUGACGCUCAGAAUGUGUUUCGGCAGGACAAUGGAGACCUGAAGUUUCCCCGAAAACGAUUUUGCGUAAUCAAAAUGAUCGACAGAAACAUAGACGUAAGGACGUUUACGGUUUGGAAAAAGUACGCGAAAGGUUUCUAAAGAAAUUUCUUCGCAGUCUCAGUCAUCAUUUAACUUUAAUAGACGAAAGAAGCAGUACAAAUAAACAGCGUCUUACACGGGACUCUUCGAUAUUCGGUAGACGUUGGUAAACAUUCGCGGAAUCACAUAAGGAAGAAAGAUGGCAAAUGAAGCGAUCAUCCUGGAUCAAUUGAAGUUUCAAUCAAAUUUUGCGCGAAGGAAUCAAAGCCACGCAUUUCGCUAAUUAGUCGAUAAUGAAGAAUCUCUAGUCGUUAAAGAAGAGAGAAAAGUGGUGGACGGCUCAAUACGAAUUGACGACAAUGAAGAUGUAAAAAAAAGAAACACUCUAGCCACUACAAUGUUAGAUGUUCCUUGUACAUAACAUGAAUUUAUAUAUACCAUAAGGACGCCAAAGUUUGCUACUUUCUAAGAGAACUGUAUUUGCAUCACGCGUAUCGUUUAUCAUUUUCUUUUCAGGUUGGUGUGUUGAUAUCCACGCGUGACGUCGUGUUGUUGUAAUGUAGGGAAAAAUGAACGUAGGACAAAUAUUUCGAGAGCAUAACGAGUGAGUCUGUUCAUCGACGCUAAUAGAUUUUUCGAACUUUCGGUUUUCGUAUCUUUAAAUUCUAAAUUUCUCUCUUAUGUGAAACAUCUUGUGUGCACGCAGAGAAUUUUCUCUUCAAAUUUAUCCUGAAAGUCGCGCAAUCG